AUGGACGCCACACAAGUCAUCAACGACUCCAUCGUAGAGUCUGAUGAGGAAACAAAUGACGAAAAGACGAAAGAAGGAAGGCAACCUUUAGCGAAACUGUGCAUCUUGAAGAAUGACCACGUUCCUGAAAGAGAGUUUCCUCUUUUUGUGGGCGAUAACAUACUUGGUCGUGACGUUUCCACCUGCACGCUUCCCCUGCUGGCACCCUCCAUUUCCAAACAGCAUGCCACUAUCUGCAUUUCUGUGCACCGCCGGCGAGGCUCCCGCAGAGGAGUCGAUAUGGAGGCUUUGGUUUGGGACUUGGGUAGCAUGAACGGCACCCGCAAAGGCCGCCUCAAGUUGACCCCUAAUGUCCGUUAUGCACUGAGUGAGGGGGACCAUCUUGUGAUGGCGGACAUCCCGUGUCAGUACGUCAACAUCAGCGACGCGCGCGAAGACGUCGGGGACAGAACAUCUGGGGUUCGAGUCAGUAUUCCAGGUGAUUCUGUAGAAAAAACGGAUUGUGUUAAGGCAAGCACCAGCAGGAAGUCACAGGCUUCAACUACAGUUUCAUCUGUGGGUGCAGCAGAGAAGCAACUUGUACAAAACAGCUGUGUAUCCUUUGAGAGCACUCCAGUCCAGAUGCUGGGGACUUUGGUCCCAGAAUCUGAUUCUGACUCUGAAUGUGAGAGAUCAGGGCUCAGAGAGGUCAAGUGCAAGCUUAUAGGGUCACAUUCUGACUCCCAUGUAUCCAGUCCCAUCUGUUCAACAUUCUUGAGUCCAGCAAGCAAAAUAGUCCCUGAAAGUCCCUACUGUGAGGAUGAAAGUCCUGUCUUACCAUCUACGUCUACUAAAGAGACGCCUCAUGGACAUGUCAGCUUCAGCAAAGAGAAGCCGGACAUGGAUGUUGGGGGACAGCAGAAAAAAAACACGCUUUCUAUUGCGGAUGACAGUGAUGAGGAUGGUGCAGCGGAAAUUGGCCAGACAACGGAAAAGGCCACUCUCAAGGAAAGUGAGCGCAUUGUGCAAGAACAGCUGAAAAGCCAGGUUUGCUUUACAGAGGAGAAGCUGUUGCAAAUGUCCACAAGCACCGUCUCCACACAUGCCGUCCCCAAAUUUAACAUGGACAGCGACACGGACGUGGACAGUGACGAGGCAGAACCAGUGUUAGACCAGAAGCCGAAUGCUGCGUGCUUUCACAUGGACAGCGAUACGGAUGUGGAUGAUGAAAACGACGCAGCAGCGGGCGAUGCAGCCUCAUCUUCUUUACAGCCCAAGGCGGGCGACGGAGUCCGUGACAGUGACAUGUCACCCGAUGCUAAAAUAGCUGACACGGUUACGCCAGUGCUGCCAGAUGACUUCCAGCUAGACAGUGACACAGAUGUGGACGAAGAGGCUGACAGCACCAGCAGGGAUGAGACGCCUUCCAAGCUGAAUUUGAUUAGGGACGUGUCAGAGUCUGAUGAAGACCAGACUACCAAUUUUACUACACAUCCGAAUGUCAGGGAUUCAACUACUGGAUCAAAUAACAGCAAUGCAGCGAGAGAGCUUCCUCAGUUUUCACCUGUUGCCACCGCACCCUCUUCAGUUCCUUGUGGUGUUGUCACAACAGCUGCUCAAUUGGACUAUGAGUCUUGUGUGCCCCCUACUGACCAGGACAGUGAUACUGAUGUGGAAGAGGAAAAAAAUCCAAUUGAAGGGGUGAAAAAAUCUGGUUUGGAGGCAUCACAUCUGCAGAAUUGCUCAACUCCGGUGCAGCUUUCAGGACAAAUGGAAGAGAUGGAGACCCAAGCCUUCCUUAGUCCCUCUCUGGAUCCAGGGAAAGGUGCUGUCAACAGUGCUGCGGGAUCUGCAGUAUUGUCUUCACACUUAGACAGCUCAGACGAGGAGGACAUUGUUGUCGCUGAGACACAAUACUUUGACAAUCAGACCCAAAUGCAGAUUGGGAGUGGCUUCAAUAACAGUCACGAAUCAUCUGGCAAGGACUUGGAAGAAUUGCCUGUCACAGGAGCGUCUUUCCAGCUGGGAUUGUCUGACAGCAGCCACUUGCAGAGUGAGGCUCAAGCUUUGGCAAGAGAGAAUACCCAGGCCUUUGCCAUGGUGGCUGAGGCUGAGACCCAAAUGUUUUCAAAUUUCUCAAGUGCAGAAACGGCAUCCCUUGGAAAUGGCUUAAACAUAGAGACGGUCCAGGCCUAUGUGUCGCCUACCAGGAGUCCAGGGAUUUCGGAGAGGGGUAGGCAGCUGAAUCUGGCUUUACAAGAAACCCAGGCCUAUGUUUCAGAUUGUGAUAGUGAAUCUGAAGAACCGUUUGAUUUGCCCCAAAAUCCUGCAAUUGACUACCCCACAGGAAACAGUCCUCUUACCCCUUUGCAACCAAACCAGAUAGCUAAAGCAACUGAUUUGAGUGAAGAAUAUGGAGAAGUUUCUGUCUCGGAGGACGGAAAACUACAACUUGAUGAAAAAAUGCAACCAGUUACGAAUUCUUUUGGUUUGGCUAAUCUUCAGCCGAUUAGUAUAGCUGCAACUCAGCCUAUGGCUAUAAGUGGAACUGAUGAAAGCAGUGAUGAGGACUUCAGUUCAGUCUUGCAUGAAGGAAAAGCACAACUUAACAAGGAGAUUCAACCCAAUUUGAUUUCUCGUGGUUUGGCUUCUAAUCUACAGCCUUUGAGUGUAGGUGCAACCCAGCCCAUGACUACAAGUGAAAAUAAGGCAACUGACAGCAAAAACUUGAUUCAAGUCUCAUGUGAAAGUAAAAUGCAGCGUCAUAAAGGAAAGCAAGCAAACCUUCCAAUGACUAUAGCUGCCACACAGCCUUUGCCAACAAGUGAAAAUGAGGAAAGCAAUGAUGAGGACUUGAUUAAGGCAACUGACAGCAAAAACUUGAUUCAAGUCUCAUGUGAAAGUAAAAUGCAGCGUCAUAAAGGAAAGCAAGCAACCUUUCCAAUGACUAUAGCUGCCACACAGCCUUUGCCAACAAGUGAAAAUGAGGAAAGCGAUGAUGAGGACUUGAUUAAAGACAUGGCACAACCCAAUAGAAGCCUUUUUGAUUUAGCUUCUAAUCAUCAUUCUAUAGCCGCAACCCAGGCCAUGGCUACCAGUGAAAAUGAGGAAACUGACAGUGAAGAUCCCAUUCAAGUGUUGGGUAAAGGGAAAGUUCAACUUGAUAAUGAGAUGCAACCCAGUACAAGUUCUGUCAUUUUGGCUGUUACAGCCCAUCCUCAUAGUAUAGCUGAGAGUCAGCCUAUGGCUACAAUCCAAAAUGAAAGUGAUGAAGAGGAUUCAGUUCCACUCUUGCGUAAUAGAAGAAAAGCAAGACAACUUGAGGAGACGCAGUCCCUAAGCAGUACUCUUGAAAUCCCAUCUGGCAGUUUGACUUGUGAAAGUCCUGCAAAGGACAGUGUUGAAAGCCAAGAGAACAAUAAUGAGCCCCCAACAGCAGAAACUCUAAUUCAACCAACCGAAGAGAAGACGUGGCCUAAACUUGACAACAUGGCUAACAAUGAUGAAAAUCAAUCUGGUCAUGGUCAAGAAGAACAACAGACUCAGACACUUGUGAAUUCCGAAGUCUCUUCUGCUGCAAUUCAAGUCAAGGACUCAUGUGAAGAUGCAGAGGAUGACAGCGAGAUUAUAAUCCGUAGCUCAAGGAAAAGAAAAGCCAGACCGCUGCAAAUUGAAGAGACGCAGUCGCUCAUAGGUUCUCAAAUGGAAGAGAGAGUAUGUGAGAUCACGAAUUCCGAGACGUCUGUAGUUGAACGUCGGUCACCAAGCACUGACCAGCCAAGUCCAAAGACCAUAAAACUUGGCUCUGAAAUCGGAACCAGUAUAAAUGAACGCUCUAGAAGAAAACCGUCACAACUAAGAGAAAAGGGAGAACCAUUGGAAAAAAGACAAACACGAGGCAAUAAAGCCAGAGGACAAACACGAAUGUCCAAGUCUGCUGGGAGUGAAAGUGAGGAGGAGGCCACCACGCAGCAGACCAUUCUUCUUGAGGUCCAAGAUGGGGAUCAGAGACAGGAAUGUGAAAUUGCAGAUAGUGCAAGAAAAGAAGAAACAGAACAAUCGGAAACGGUGGAGGAAGGAGAACGACUCGAGAGACCAGAAAUGAAAGCUAAACGACAAAAAACAGAUGGAUCAGAGGCAGAGCUUCAACAAAACAACGUGGCACAACACCAGGUACCGCAGAGAGGCCGAAGAGGAACAAGAAGAACUAUUGCUGUUCCACUCACAGCAGAUUCGGACGAUGUCCCAGCUAAGAGAACCAGAUCCCGCUCCAACUCUUCAAACUCUGUAAGUUCCGAGGUGUCCACUUCAAGCACCCAAGGGGGUCGGGGGCGCGAGCAGGACAAUUCUCUCGAUUCUCCUCUGGGAUCACUUUCGAGAUCCACUUCCUCCAACUCUCUUGCUUCAGAGAUGUCCUGCGGCAGCUCUCAGAGGGGAAGAGGAGGCAAACAAAGAGGAAGAGGACGCAAAACAGAGCCUGGGCCCAGUUUGAUCCAGUCUACAUUAAUCCAAAACACUGCUCCUAAGGCGACGCCAAGUGGCAAAAGGGGUAGGAAGGCCGAGAUAUCCACUACCGAGCUUUCUGAUGAAGCCGUUACCAAACCAGAAUCAAAGCAAGUUGUUGCCACUAGAGGGAGGAGGCGAGCAAAUGUUGAACAACCAUCAAAUCUGGCAAACAACACAACAGGUGACUCUCCACCGCCUAAAAGAAAUAUCAGGGGUAGACUUCAGAGGACAGAAAAAAGUGAAGUCUUGGAAGUGCCUGUAGCUCCCAUGGGCAGCAAUAUAGUACAGGCCAAAGAUAAAAGGGAGGGAAGAAAGAGAAUGCUGGAGGUAGAAGUGAAAGAUGAAAAUCCAUCUGCGGUCCAAGAUAAGAGGAAAACUAGAGCAUCCCACGCUGAGGGGGGCAGGAAUGCUAAGGAAUCUCCUCACAACACAGCCAGCGAGGGUGGAAGUGUGACAUCGGUUGAUGAUUCUGGUGAAGGUGCACAGGUGCUUUUCACAGGAGUGGUGGACCAAGCCGGGGAAAAAGUGGUGACACGCCUGGGAGGCGUUUUGGCUAAUGGCACUGCAGACAUGAACUGCCUGGUGACUGACAAGGUGCGCAGGACUGUCAAGUUCUUGUGCGCAGUGGCUAAAGGGAUCCCAAUUGUCAACACACAAUGGCUGGACAAGAGUGGUAAAGCUGGGACUUUCCUGCCUCCCGACGCCUUUAUUGUGAACGAUCCAGAGCAGGAGCAGAAGUUCAAUUUCUGCCUGCAGGAGACUCUGAGGCUUGCCAGCAGAGAGCCUCUCUUGCAGGGCUACAAGAUCCACAUCACAAAAUCGGUGAAGCCCGAGCCCGUCCACAUGAAAGACAUCAUUUCCUGCUGCGGAGCGACAUUUAUCCCCAAAAUGCCUUCUACACACAAGCCUUACACCUUGGUAGUAUCCUGCACGGAAGACUGGUCGCUAUGCCGCAGGGCCGUUUCGGCUUCACUCCCGAUCGUCACGGCCGAAUUCAUCCUUUCUGGUAUCCUGCAGCAUAAAGUGGACUUUGAUACACACAAGUUGUCUGGGCCUUUCGACCCUUGA